AUGCUGCGAUUCAGUCAUCAAAAUGACGAGUCAAGUCAAGCAGAACAGCAAUCCCAGCAUGAAUCCUCUUCCAACGUAUGGCUGCAACCACAAAGAGAAGCAACGACUACCACAAGUGGGAGAAUAAUCACUGCUGAUCUUCUAGAAGCAUCCUUUACUUGUCGAUUGUAUCCCAAGGGCGAUGACCAAGAACGGGUCCUCCUUCCGCUUCGAUGGGAUUCCCACUUUCUGAAUUGUCGGACUCGUAGUUUUGGGUCCAUUUUUGGAAUCGCGGAAGAGCUACGCCAUCCAGAUGAUCUGAGACACGCAAUUGUAACGAUAACAGAGUAUCAACGAGAUGCAAAGACCAAAGUAGAUACAAGUUCAGCAUUGCACUUUGGAAAUCCUCGAAACGGAGAAGCACAUUCCGAAUGGAGACGGUGUCCUUUGUCGCACCAUCCCGUCGCUUCAGAUGAUACUAUUGAAAACAAGCAAUCGGAAGUACGCUCCAUUGCUUGGAUUGACCUUCGGAACGACGCAGCUGCAUUAGAGGUCCUUUUCCGUAGCAAGGCUUCUUUCUUUCGAUCCCUUCGGUCCCUUUUGACCUGCACGCACGAUGUUUCGCCAUGGCAAAACAGCAAUGAUUCUGAUGAUAAUUCGAUCGACGAAAUCCCAUUGCAUCACGAUCACGUCGUAUUUGUUUUGCCAGAACCUUCUGGGCUUGCUCGAAACUUUCGAGUGGGAGACGCCGCUCCGAGUUGGCAGUUGCAGUCUUAUGUGGUGUGCAAGCACUUGGAGGAUUGGGACUUUUGGAAGUUACACCCAUCGCUGGACGCCCCAUCCGGCCACGUAUACAUUUACAAGAGACUUCCUAAGAGACUGAAAAUGUCAAACCAGCAUCCGGAAACUAGCGUUCCAGCUCCAGAUGGUUGUUUGUGGGAAACUGUUGACAUCAAGGAGGAAGAAAGAGUCGACGAUGAGGACGAGGAAAAAGAGGAAUACGAGGAUGACGACCAAAAUGAAAAGCAAAUAUGUGUGAAAGAGCAUCGACUGGUUUGUCCACCCUAUGUGAACUUGGAGGAACUCUACUCUUCCGAGGUAUUGAAAGCUCUGUUUGAUCCCGAACAUGUGGAAAUCUUUCGUCAAGAGGCACUCCGAAUUCCAUUUUGGGUACCAUGGCCCGAAACGCAACACUACUCUGUGAGCUCAUCAGCCCAUGCAUCCAAUCCCGGCAAACCUUGGACCGUCUUUCCCCUUUGCUAUUGCUUUCCAGCCAACCAACCAGAAAAUAUUACAUGGGUGGAGAACACCAAUGCCUUGUGCCCUCGGACUUGUCAAAUUCUGAAAUCGAUUCAAACGGAGGAAUUGGGACUUGUUGUGAGAACAGCCUUGUUUAGCCAAUUGGCACCCGAGACUACGCUGGAACCGCACACUGGCUGGGCCGAUUUGGCCAAUCAUGUCUUGAGACUGCAUGUGCCAUUGACCGUUCCAAAAGGAGAUUUGUGUGGAACUUGGGUAGACGGCUGUGUCGAGACUCAUCAAGAAGGAAGACCUUUAUUGUUUGACGAUUCCAAAAUCCACCGAGCCUUCAACUAUCAUCCAAGCGAAAGUCGAGUAGUAUUGAUUGUGGAUUUGGCUCGACCCAAGGACCUUCCCCUGGGGUAUGCUACGGGCGGUCAUUCGGAAGAACUGGAUUCCUUCAUUCAACAAAUGAGUGCCCCUAGAUAG